UCGAUCUCAAAAAAAAAAAAAAAUCCAAAAUUCUCCCAUGUCCUUGCCCUUUCCUUUACAGCCAAGCUCCCCAAAAGAGUAGUCUACAAAUCCUGCCCAUUUGCACCUUCCCAUCCAUUGUUCUCUGCAAUCUAGCUCACAGCCUGUGACUGCAAUGAAAUUGCUUUUUCUAAUGCCAUUAAUGAACCAAUUGCCAAAUUGGACUCUUCCUAUUCUUGAUACCACUUGUUCUUUCUGUUGUACUUUAAUCUGUUGACGUCUUUUUCUAGAGAAAGUCUUGCCUUCCUCCUGCUCUUUGGUUACUUCUCAGUCUUCUUUUCAGAUUCUUCCAGCGUUGUCCACCAUUUAAAUGUUGAUGUUCCUCAGCCUUCUGUCCUUGUCCUUAUGUUUUCACAGUAUAUGGUCUUCUUGGGUGGCUUCAAUUCACAUCCUUAUUGCUGAGCUCCACAUCCAUAUGGUCACUUAAUUACUGGUUACUAUUCCUUGGACAUUCUACAGACAAAGUAAACAUAUCCAAAGAACUCAAUCUUCACUGCUCACUGGUGCCUUCUCCUUUAUUCUCUGUCUUGGUGAGUAGCACCAUUGUCCACCUAGAUAAUGAAAAUUGUCCCCAAACCUUCUCUUCUUCUGCUGCACUGUCACCCUAUCCUUUUGUUUCUGUUCUAUCUCUCCAAUGUGCUUCCUCUGUUUAAGCCUUAGUGCCCCUGCCUUCAUUCAGGCCCGCAUCAUAUCUCUUAUCUGGAGUUUACAACACCUUCCUUUGUUCACUCUGCCUGCCUUCUAACCCUCCUCCAAUCUCUGUAUCCUUCACAUCUCCACCAGGUUAGUAUUCCAAAAACAUGACUUCCAUUCUUUUACUUACUUGAUCAAAAAGUUCAAUAGCUCCUUAUGACCAACAGAAUAUAGCCCACUUGCCUUUCCAACCUUACCUCAGCCUCUCCCUUACACAAGCUUUCUACUGCAGCCAUGUUUGGUAUAUCCCAUCUGCAUUUUUGCCUUUGCUCAUGCUGUUUCCCAUCCCGGAGUGCCUAUCCUCUUCCUGACCAUGUGUCCUGAAUCUUCCUCAACCUUUAAGGUCCACCUUAUAUUCUGUUUCUUCCCAGAACACUUCAGUCUACAAGGAUAACAACCAACAUUUUCAGAGCACUUGGCAGUUUACAAAAUGCAUCUGCCUGAAGGCACAGCACUACCAGCCUCAUUUUAUGCAUGUGAAAACUGAAGCACAGAAGAAUUGGGUGACUUGUCAGACGCUGCAUAGGUGGUCAGCUACAGAGCCUGGGCGUAGCCUUUAGUCUUCUCUCUCCAGAUCUCCUGCUUUUACCUCAGUGACCAGUCCCUCUCUGACCUCACAGCAUUAUGGUCUUCAUCCCUCCAUCAACCUUAAUCACAUACUGCAUGUGACCAGUAGGAAAGGGGUCUUGAGAGUAGGAGGUGAGAUCAAAGAAGAGAUCAUCCUCUAUUUGACAUCAAAACUGGCCAGUAAGUGCACAAGAAAUGAGCUGGGUUACCUGGAACCUAACCUUGGGAAGAUGAUCUGUCAAUGCAGCUAUAUGUCUGUGUGAGACUGGAUUUUCCUCAUAUACUAUAAACAAAAGAACAUAUAACAGAUUGACUGCAGAAGCAGAGCUCAUCUUCUGUCCUGGGUGUGAACAAGUAUAUCUUACCAGGGAUGUAACUGAACAUUUUUUUCUGCAGUGUGUUCCUACUGAGCAACCCAAGAUGGCCAGGAACUGCUCCGAGUGCAAGGAGAAGAGGGCAGCACAUAUCCUCUGCACCUACUGCAAUCGCUGGCUAUGCAGCUCUUGCACAGAGGAACACCGACACAGCCCUGUCUCUGGGGGCCCGUUCUUUCCUCGGGCCCAGAAGGGAUCUCUAGGAGUGAAUAGUGGUCCCGGAGACUUCACCUUGUAUUGUCCUCUACACACACAGGAAGUACUCAAGCUAUUCUGCGAGACAUGUGAUAUGCUCACUUGCCAUAGCUGCCUGAUGGUGGAACACAAAGAACACAGGUGCAGACAUGUUGAAGAAGUUUUGCAAAACCAGAGGAUGCUUCUGGAAAGUGUGACUACACAGGUGGCACAUAAGAAAUCCAGUCUACAGACAUCUGCAAAGCAAAUUGAGGACAGGAUUUUUGAAGUGAAGCAUCAGCAUAGGAAGGUGGAAAACCAGAUCAAAAUGGCCAAGAUGGUUCUGAUGAAUGAGCUGAACAAACAGGCCAAUGGGCUAAUAGAGGAAUUAGAGGGGAUUACUAAUGAGAGAAAGCGGAAGCUGGAACAGCAGUUACAGAGCAUCAUGGUUCUCAACCGUCAGUUUGAGCAUGUGCAGAAUUUCAUCAACUGGGCUGUCUGCAGCAAAACCAGUGUCCCUUUUCUUUUCAGCAAAGAGCUGAUUGUGUUUCAGAUGCAGCGAUUGCUGGAGACAAGUUGUAACACAGAUCCUGGCUCCCCUUGGAGUAUCAGAUUCACCUGGGAGCCUAACUUCUGGACCAAGCAGCUAGCUUCUCUUGGCUGCAUAACUACUGAAGGUGGACAACUGUCCCGGGCAGAUGCUCCUGCUUAUGGAGGCUUACAGGGGCCAUCACCCUUUUAUCAAAGCCACCAGUCUCCAGUGGCUCAGCAAGAGGCUCUUAGCCACCCCUCUCACAAGUUCCAGUCUCCAGCAGUGUGCUCCUCAUCUGUGUGCUGCUCCCACUGCUCCCCAGUCUCGCCUUCCCUCAAAGGCCAGGUGCCCCCACCCAGCAUGCACCCAGCCCACAACUUUAGGCAACCCUCUGAGAUGGUGCCCCAGCAGCUGGGGUCUCUGCAGUGCUCUGCCCUGCUGCCCAGGGAGAAAGAGCUGGCCUGCAGCCCUCAUCCACCAAAGCUGCUGCAGCCCUGGCUGGAAAUCCAGCCCCCUGUGGAGCAGGAGAGCACAUCCCAGCGGCUGGGGCAGCAGCUGACUUCCCAGCCCGUGUGCAUUGUCCCCCCACAGGAUGUUCAGCAAGGAACCCAUGCCCAGCCCACCUUACAGACACCCUCUAUCCAAGUCCAGUUUGGCCACAACCAGAAGCUGAAGCUCAGUCACUUUCAGCAGCAGCCACAGCAGCAGCUACCACCUCCACCACCUCCCCUCCCCGCUCCCCCACAGCAGCCACACCCACCUCUACCUCCAUCCCAGCAUCUGGCUUCUAGUCAGCACGAGAGCCCUCCUGGGCCUGCCUGUUCUCAGAAUGUGGACAUAAUGCAUCACAAGUUUGAGCUGGAGGAAAUGCAGAAGGACUUGGAGCUUCUUCUCCAGGCUCAACAGCCCAGCUUGCAACUGAGUCAGACCAAAUCUCCUCAGCAUCUUCAGCAAACCAUUGUGGGGCAGAUCAACUAUAUCGUGAGGCAGCCAGCACCUGUUCAGUCCCAGAGCCAGGAGGAGACCCUGCAGGGUACAGAUGAGCCCCCAGCAUCUGAGGGCUCAAAGCGGGCUCUCUCUCUUGACAAGAAUACUGCCGCUGCCUUGCCCCAGGCGUCUGGGGAAGAAACCCCUCUUGGUGUCCCCCCAGUGGACAGCACCAUCCAGCACUCCUCUCCAAAUGUGGUGAGAAAGCACUCUACCUCGGUGAGCAUCAUGGGCUUUUCCAACACUCUGGAGAUGGAGUUGUCAUCUACCAGGUUGGAGAGGCCCCUAGAGCCACAGAUCCAGAGUGUGAGCAGCCUGACAUCUGGCGCCCCCCUGGCAGUACCAAGCCUGCUGAGUGCUUCCCCCAAAACGGUGUCCAGCCUGACAAGUGUUCAAAACCAGGCCAUGCCCAGCCUGACAACCAGUCACCUACAGACUGUGCCCAGUCUUGUGCGUAGUACAUUCCAGUCCAUGCCCAACCUGAUGAGUGACUCUUCUCAGGCUAUGGCAAGCCUGGCAAAUGAUCACCCUCAGGCUGGGCCCAGCCUAAUGUCUGGUCACACCCAAGCUGUGCCAAGUCUGGCAACUUGUCCUCUGCAGAGCAUUCCUCCAGUUUCUGACAUGCAGCCAGAAACUGGGUCCAGCUCCAGUUCUGGCCGAACUUCAGGGAGCCUGUGCCCCGGAGAUGGGGCUGAUCCCUCCCUGGGGAAUGCUCUGUGUAAGAUGGAAAGUGAGGAUUCCACUUGCUUCACUGACUCACUGGGGCAAGGUUCCAUAGCCCCUGGUCUGGAUGCUUCCAAGGACUUGACUAUCCCCUCAGAACUGGAGGAGCCAAUUAACCUCUCUGUGAAGAAACCACCACUGGCACCAGUGGUCAGCACAUCUACAGCUCUGCAGCAGUACCGGAACCCAAAAGAGUGUGAGAAUUUUGAACAAGGAGCCCUAGAGCUGGAUGCAAAGGAGAACAAGAGCAUCAGAGCCUUCAACAGCGAGCAUAAGAUUCCCUAUGUGCGACUGGAGCGACUCAAGAUCUGUGCUGCCUCCUCAGGAGAGAUGCCUGUGUUCAAGCUGAAGCCACAGAAGAAUGAUCAGGAUGGAAGCUUCCUGCUGAUCAUCGAGUGUGGUACUGAGUCCUCCAGCAUGUCCAUUAAGGUCAGCCAGGACAGACUGUCUGAGGCCACCCAGGCUCCAGGUCUGGGGGGAAGAAAGGUCACUGUCACUUCUCUGGCUGGGCAGCGGCCAUCAGAAGUGGAGGGCACAUCUCCUGAAGAACACAGACUCAUUCCUCGAACCCCAGGAGCCAAGAAGGGCCCCCCAGCUCCAAUAGAGAAUGAGGACUUCUGUGCUGUUUGCCUCAAUGGCGGAGAGUUGCUGUGCUGUGACCAUUGCCCCAAAGUGUUCCACCUAUCCUGCCAUGUACCAGCCUUGCUCAGCUUCCCAGGGGGAGAGUGGGUGUGUACCUUGUGCCGCAGCCUGACCCAGCCCGAGAUGGAGUACGACUGUGAGAAUGCCCGCUAUAACCAGCCUGGAAUGCGGGCAUCUCCUGGCCUAAGCAUGUAUGACCAGAAGAAGUGUGAGAAGCUGGUAUUGUCCUUGUGCUGCAAUAACCUCAGCCUGCCCUUCCAUGAACCUGUCAGCCCCCUGGCCCGGCAUUAUUACCAGAUUAUCAAGAGGCCCAUGGACCUGUCAAUCAUCCGGAGGAAGCUGCAAAAGAAGGACCCGGCUCACUAUACCACCCCAGAGGAGGUGGUAUCAGAUGUGCGCCUCAUGUUCUGGAACUGUGCUAAGUUCAAUUAUCCUGACUCUGAGGUUGCAGAGGCUGGCCGCUGCCUGGAAGUGUUCUUUGAGGGCUGGUUGAAGGAGAUCUACCCGGAGAAACGGUUUGCUCAGCCAAGGCAGGAGGACUCAGACUCUGAGGAGGUGUCUAGUGAGAGCGGAUGUUCCACUCCCCAGGGCUUCCCGUGGCCUCCCUACGUGCAGGAGGGCAUCCAACCCAAGAGGCGGCGACGACAUAUGGAGAAUGAAAGAGCAAAGAGAAUGUCAUUUCGCCUGGCCAACAGCAUCUCUCAGGUGUGACAGCCAAAAGGAGACUGGGCACUCUGGCAGCUGUUGUCCCAUCCUGUUGACCAUUCCUCCCCAUCUCGCAGUUUAUCCUCUUCAGAAUGUGGAUGGUAGAUGAGUCUCAUUGAACUGUAUAGUGCUCUUCUUUGCCAUUUGCAUCUACAGCAUUUGUUUGGGAGCCAUAGUGCAUCCACUACAGAGAAGAUUUCAGUAAUAAACAGGAAAGAGGAGGGUAUUUAUUAUUACCAGAGUAAUCAGAUGUAUAGGCUGCACUUGACAGGACCACACCUGGUUAGGCUUGGGAGGACCUACUUUCCUUAGUGAAUUUUUUUCUGCCUAGGAAAGCAGACCUGUCUCACCUUUUAGUGUCCAGGGCUCAGGAGCCAUGUAUAUAUCUGAACUCCUCCUGGGCUCAGAAGUGGGUAAAAGAAGGGAGAGAGGUUUAGACAUAUGGUAGGACUGUGAUCCCUGGCCCAGCACAGCCAAAGACUAUCACUGUUUGCCUUUGCUUGUCCUGUCUGGACAGAGGCACCUGCCAUGUGCACACUAGUGGAGGCUUCUAGAGGCCGUAGGUCUCAAUUUGUGCCUAUUUGGGUUCUAAUGGUUUUCAGGGUAUUUGUUUUGCAUACUCACUUUCCUGAUGUUGACUUAGGUGGCUGCUGUGAAAAUGCUGUGGAUGGUAUGACAUUCUUGAUUGAGCUGGGUGGCUCUGCAGAGACCACUUACAACUUCUGGUUCAGACUUCACUUACGGACUUAGAAAGAUGUCCACUUGAGAGCCCGCCCUCUGUGCUACUUACUCUGGGCUAAUUGCACUUCUUUAGGGUGAGAACCCGCCUUCCUAGAAGUGACUGUUGGUGCUUCUCAGUGGCCAUACCCUUUAUCAUCCUCAUUCAGAGGUCUGGAUCUUGAGUUCUGCUUGUAAAUACUGUGAGGCAGCUGCUGUCUGCUUCAGGUCCAGAGUUCCAUGGGUGGAGAGAAUAACCCACAACCAGCUCACUCCUCUGCGCCUCUCCUCCUGCUUAGAGAUUCUAGUUCUCAACCUCUCCAAGUUCAUAAGCCAAAGAUCAGAAGUGAGUCUUCUGACUACCCCACCUCGAGGCUGUCUACAUCCCCCCAAAAGCCAACACUUUACUGGCAGCCCUUUUUGUUGGAGGUUAAAGAAGGCCUCAGGGACCAACAGGGGCUAGAUCUAGACAUUCCUGGGGGAAGUUUGUCUAAGGUGGACAGGGGGAAAAAUCAAGAGGCAAAAAGCCAGUGUGCUUUGGUGACCAUGAAGCAACCUCAGAGCCUUAGUUCUCCUGGAAUGCAGAGAGAAGCAUUCUGGAAGCCAUGGGAACAGGCACUCAAGGCUGCAUCCUGAAUGGAUCUGCAUGGUCCUCGCAGGGUGUUUGUGAGGAUACUGGAGGUCAGGCUACCUCCCAAGCAAGGGCUUGGUUGAGAGGGAACCCAUUGCUCAUAUUGUUGGGAGUUAUGAACCUGAUAUGUCAGUGGCCAGGACUGAGAUGGCUCUCCCUGGUCCUGUCAUUGCAUGGCUAAUUUCAGGGGAGUCUAAAGUCAUGGAUUUGUUUCUGCUAAGAGAUGAAGUUCAAGGAUGUUCUUGUUUGCAGGGCCUUCACUAAUGAGCAAUUUUUUUGAAAAUUAGAAAACAUUUCUUCUCUCUUUGUGAGUUGAUGGUAUUGCUCAUUUCCUUCUCUACCCAACCUCAGAGAUCAUCUUCACUUUAAAGCAAACCAUGCCCCUUGGCUUGCCACUCUUUCAGCAGCACAUGCCACGUUCUCCUAAGCAGAUGGGCUUCCGUGAUCCCGUUUUCUAGUUUGGGGUAACUAAGUCUUCAAUGCUUUACUAGUCCGGCAGUCUUUGGACUUAGGCUUCUGCCCUUUGAGACUCACAUGACUUUCUGGUUUGGGAUCUGGUCAAUUCCCUUUAAAUUUUCGAAUCUUCUUCUAUGUUCAGUUGGCUUGGCAAAGUACCCUCUGUUCUCGUGUCACUAAUUCCUGCUCUAGGUCGUCUUUCCUUUGUGCAGCCCACAUUCCCACCAUCCCUGUGAGCUUUGUUGUACUUGGUGUUGGGCAGCCGGUGAGUGUUGUGACAGGCUCAGACUUGAUCCUUCCUCAGGACCAACUGGAGACCACAAAUUUAAAGCAGAAAUGCCUGUUAAAAACUUGGCUUUCCUUAUAUCAGUGAGGCUUCCAGCUUGGAUGUGGCCUCUUGGGCUCAAGGAUCAGCUUGCUGGGCCAGGGGCAUCUUAGUAAUGUGCUGGAGAGACACAUGCUCCCUUCUCAUCAUAGAGAGCCUGCAUGCUGAGAGGCUCCCUUGAGACACCUGCCUCUCCCUGGCUUUUCCCUUAGACCUAGCCACCAGAGUUUUGAGUCACGGUUUUGUUUUGUUUUUUCAUGAAAAACCAGAACAUGACUUAGAAAUUAGAAAAGAAAAGAAAAAAAAAAAAUCCUGCUAGCCAA